UUGCGACUACCAAACUGUUUGGACACCUACAAUACAAAUUCAUCUCUGUAUUCUCCGAUCCGGCGACCUCACCGUCUGAACCCCAACCCAAUGGCCGACGAAAACUCCACCACCACCACCACCACCACCGAGGCACCACCGCCGCCCCUCCUACUCCCUAAACUCCCAGACGACAUCGCAGUCCAAUGCAUCGCCAGAGUCCCACUCUCCCACCACCACUCCCUCUCUCUCGUCUCCAAAUCAUGGCUCUCCACCAUCAAAUCCCCUCUCCUCUUCACCACCCGAUCACUUCUCAACUCCACCCAACACAUCCUCUACCUCAGCCUCCGCAUCAACUCCUCCUUCUCCUGGUACUACCUACUCCGUCCUAACCCUAAUAACCCUACUACUACUACUACAAAAAUUCUCUCUCCUCUUCCUCCUAUUCCCUCUCACCCAAUCGGCUCUUCCUUCGCCGUCUUAGGCUCCAAAAUCUAUGUUAUCGGUGGAGCUAUCAACGAUAUUCCAUCCAAUAACAUCUGGGUUUUCGAUUGCCGCUUCAACAAAUGGGAAAUUGGCCCCAAAAUGAGGGUUUGCAGGGAAUUUGCUGCCGCCGGGGCUGUGAAUGGGAAGAUAUAUGUCAUGGGUGGGUGUCUCGUGGAUAAUUGGGCACGAUCAAUGAAUUGGGCAGAGGUUUUCGAUCCGGUUUCUGGGUCGUGGGCGGCUGUGCCCAGCCCAAUUGAUGUUAAAGACAAGUGGAUGCAUGCUAGUGCUGUCAUACAUGAUAAAAUAUAUGCAAUGGCGGAUCGGGGUGGGGUGGUUUAUGAUGUGGUGGCGGGGGAGUGGGGUGAUGUGUCCAGACGGCUCGAUAUGGGGUGGAGGGGACGGGCUGCGGUGGUGGAUGGGGUGUUGUAUUGUUAUGAUUAUUUGGGGAGGAUUAGGGGCUAUGAUAUUGAUGAGGAUGAGUGGAAAGAGUUGAAAGGAGUAGACAAGGGUUUGCCUAAGUUUUUAUGUGGUGCGACGAUGGCAAAUGUGGGAGGGAAGUUGUGUGUGGUUUGGGAAGGGAAGGGGAGUGGUAAAGAGAUGGAGAUUAUGUGUGCGGAGAUUGAGGUUCAGAAGGACAGUUGCGGGGGUUUAAGUGGGUCGAUUUUGUGGUCGGAUGUGAUUCUCGUGGUUCCAAAUAGGUCUUCCAUUGUUCAUUGCGUGGUGGUUGGAUUGUGAGUUUGGUGAUUCACUGGAAAACAUUUAGUUUCGGAAAAAGGAAAGAAAUACAAGUCCUUCUCCUUUCCCUCGAAUGUGGAAAUCCAGAAACAGUGAGGAAGCAGGAGGUAGCAGCUCAAAACUGAUCAAGCUGAGCAUUGAGACCAGCACAAGCUGUUGUGAACAUCUAUUGCUAUGCUUUUGAUUCAGUGGAUGCCUUUUCCAUCAACAGUAAGGGAGGUUGUAGAUAGGUUUUCUUUCUGUUAAAAGGUGAGAAACUUGCUCAACAAACAGUGUUUGGUGAUUUGCUCCAAUGACUAUGAAAGCGUGUAAAGUUGCUCAUCGUUUUUUUGUUUUUUUGUUUUGAAUUAUUAUCAUGACUUGUUGUAAAUGUGUCUCCAACUUUCCAUGUGUUCAAUUUAUCAAUUACCCUGCUAAGUUUAUGCAUUCUGUAGGUACAAUUUCUGUUGUU